GCUUGCCGUAGUUUAAUUCCUCGCGACCUCUGACUUCAAACAAACUUCUCUACUUCCUGCUCGCUCUUCGGCUCUCAAAGGUUAUGAAAAGGCAAUGGUUUUAAAUCAAAAGCAGUAUAUUUCGACUGAUUUGGAUUAAAUUGGAGCGCAAGAUGAGCUGGAUUCCUUUCAAACUCGGACAACCGAAGAAACAAAUAGUUUCAAAAACAGUUGAAAGAGACUUUGAGCGGGAAUAUGAGAAGCUCCAAAAGUUGGAAGAACAGACAAAGAAGCUUCACAAAGACAUGAAGAAAAGCACAGACGCUGAUUUAGCCAUGUCCAAAGCAGCAGUGAAGAUCUCAGGAGACUUGUUGGGUAAUCCACUGUGUGAGCAGGAUCAGGCCUUCUUGGAGUCUAUGACCGCUCUAGAUACAGCCAUGAAGAGAAUGGAUGCGUUCAAUCAGGAGAAGGUCAAUCAGAUUCAGAAGACUGUGAUCGACCCUUUGAAAAAGUACAGCAGUGUGUUUCCCAGUCUGAACAUGUCAGUGAAACGAAGGGAACAAGCUCUUCAAGAUUACAAGAGACUCCAGUCGAAAGUAGAGAAGUAUGAAGAAAAAGAGAAGACGGGGCCCAUCAUGGUCAAACUCCAUCAGGCCAGGGAAGAACUGAAGCCCGUCAGAGAAGAGUUUGAGGCCAAGAACAAGCAGCUUUUGGAUGAGAUGCCGAAAUUCUACAACAGUCGCAUCGACUACUUUCAGCCCAGCUUUGAGGCGCUGAUACGAGCUCAGGUGGCCUAUUUUACAGAGAUGCACACGAUCUUCACAGAACUGACCGAUCAGAUUGACCAGGGCGGGCUGACAGAUGAACAGAGAAAACAGGAGAACGAGUCCAAGCUGAACGAGUUGCGCUCUCUGUCCAUCGUGGCCGAUGACUGAUCUGCAAAACAAUCUGUGUCAUAUUCUCUGAUGAACAACAAAUGAAGACUUCUUGUAGCAUAAGUAGACUUUUAAUGAUGUUUCUUUAAGACACGUCAAGCAGGGAUGGAUUUUGUUACGUAUUUUUUUUUCUUUCUUUGGCCUGUUUUUAGAAGCUUGUUGUUUUUAAUCUUGUUCAUACCGAUGACGCAUGAAAGAACACUAGCUGAUGUCAUUUUUUAUGAAAUUGGUCGAUUCAGGAAGUCUUUAGAUCUUUUCCUCCAUUUCCAUGUCUCAUUCAAAAAUUAGACCGUUUUGUUGAACAAACUUAAUUAUUAUUAUAUCACUACAGCUAAAGUUGACAUUUAGGCAGAUUAUUAAAAUACUUUACUGAAUAUCGUAAUACUUUCUAAAUCUCAAGUUUAAAUGGUAAAACGUUUUUAAGUUGUUUUGUUGUCAAUUAUUUGUAGCAAGUUUAGUUUACUACUGGAGAUAUUUUCCCCCACUAUCUCUUGCUGUUUGUGUCAUCACAAAAUUGUGUAACACUGGAAUCUUGCAGGUAAUUUAGACCUUUAAGGUUUUAGGAGAGGAUGUAUUAAUCAAUGACAAAUGUAAAAUAUCGGUUUAGUAGAAUUGUCAAAACCGACAGAAAUCAUAUUUGCGUUACAACUGUUAAGAUUCUUGGUAGGAUUCUGAUGUAUAGUGAGUGGACCACAUGCAUUUGAAUUAUACUCUGGCUCCCUCUACUGACCGAUAAUUUUUUUUUAUUUGAUCGUGAUUUUAUUCUCAUCUCUGUUUGUGAACUAAUGAAGAAAGAUGUCUUUAUAAAUACUAAUAGUUUAUAGCCAUAAUCCGCAAGUACUGUUAAGAACAUUGAUUAAAAUAUGUGGCUUGAAUUAUUGGUGCUAAAAUGGGUUUUAACGUUAUUAAGGGUGAUCCGAAACAAUACUGACAAAGUAUUUCUUUGUAGUGUUCAUUGUUUUUACAUUACUGGUUAUUAAUUUCUGACAUGGAGUGAAUAUUUAAAUGCUUUUGUUAAUUGUAUUGCCUGUUGUUGCUAGCCACACCAAGGUUAAGGGUUUUCAUCCAAGCAAGCACACAAAGGUCUACCUUUAAUGCAUUGCCUGUUAUUUUGGAAAAAUGGUCUGCCCAAUUAAUAAGUGUAAGCGGUACUUUAUCUUUAUAUUGUGUUCUAACUUUGGCUCUGAAGAAUUAUUGUUCGACUCUGAAUGUUUGGGAUUCUGUUAUACACACUGAAAUCAUAGCCUGAGGUUUUAACAAAUGUGUUUAAUUCAAGUAUUUGGUUUCGUUUCAUAUUGUGUUUGGUAGUAUGGAU